UCUAACGUUUUUUUCAUUGUUUUAUUUAGAAUUAGUUUAUGUAAAUUCAUAAUUAUGUCGUUAAGAACAGGUUCAUCGUCUUCAGAAUUUAGAUUACCCGCUGAUCAUGAAUUUAUUGAGCCAAAAAAAGCAAUUAAAGGUAUUCAAGAUAUGUCGGUAUGGCAAAAGUCAGAAGCUUAUUUUGAAUACUUUGGCUUUAUAAUGGCAAUCAAUGACGCUGUAAAAGGGAAAGCUAUCGAUUCAAAAUAUUCUUGCUCAUCAACAGUGAAUAAAGUUUGUGAAUUACUUAAUAAAUUUGACCAAUGGAUCAACGAAAUUCCACCAACAGAACAACCGCAACGUUUUGGUAAUAAAUCUUUUCGUAUAUGGCAUGAGAAACUCCUUGGUUCGGCUGUGGUAGAACUAAAUCAAAUUUUACCUGAAAAUCUUUAUCCAGCUAUUCCUGAAAUUGUUCAAUAUUUAUUAGAAGGAUUUGGAAAUGCAACGCGUAUUGACUACGGAACUGGACACGAAAUGGCUUUUAUUAUGUUUCUUUGUUGUAUGUUUAAAAUAAAUGCUUUUGAAUCUAGUGAUAAAACUGCUGUAGGAUUAAAAAUAUUUAAUAGGUAUCUUGAAGUAGUACGUAAACUUCAAUUAACAUAUCGAAUGGAACCUGCUGGAAGUCAUGGAGUAUGGAGCUUAGAUGAUUAUCAGUUUGUACCAUUUAUUUGGGGUAGCUCUCAGUUAAUCGGUCACCCUCGCAUGGAGCCUCAACAUUUUACGGAUCAUGGAUUAGUUGAAGCUAACAGUAGGCAAUACAUGUUUUUAGGGUGCAUUGAAUUUAUUUCAAAGGUAAAAACUGGUCCAUUUGCUGAACAUUCUAAUCAACUGUGGAAUGUUAGCGCUGUGUCAUCUUGGUCCAAAGUUAACAGUGGCCUAAUCAGAAUGUAUAAAGCAGAGGUUUUAACCAAAUUUCCGGUGAUACAACACGUUUUGUUUGGUUCUUUAUUUUCGACAAAACCAGUCCCAGACAGUGUAACUUUCAAGGCACCACAACCCCCUGGAUCGUCGGGCCUUCAUUAUUAGAAUUUUUUAAUAGAGAUAAAAAGUCAAGUAAAUUUAUUAAAUAA